GCACGUAGUCGAUCUCUAGAAAGAUGGGAGAGCUCCAUCCGAGAGUUCAAGGGCCGACAAAGAGUGGGAUUGAAUUCAUUUCACUGGUGGACAAUUGCCCCGGUUGUCGGUCUUGACAGAACUCAAUGGAUACAACAGUGGAAAAGUGAUGGAUAUCAUCCGAAGCUCUCAGCUGGUUUGCAAAAAGACGACAAGAUCAUGACGCGAACCGAUCCUGGCCGAAGAUAACCUGGUCAAAAUCCUAUAUAAGGACGCGCUCUCUGCCUUCCUAGCGAGUUACUCGUUUUCGAUUUUCCAGAAGCCUUGUCCAACAUCAGAUCAAGAUUUCGACAAUCAUCUCGAUCUCAUUCGAAUCGACUUUACCAGGACGCUCCUCCAUUCCACCCACGUCGAACUCCUGUUUCUCCCAAAUCAUAAUGGCCCGCAAGAGCGUUCUAGUCCUCCUCGCUGCCGUCAGCGCAGCCUACGCUCAAUGCAGCAACGCCCAGGUAGAUGAGCUCGUGGGUUACGGCGCCGACACGACCGGCGGAAGCGGCCAACCGGUGGUCGUCAGCGACUGUGGGGCGCUCGGGGAUGCCCUGUCGUCGGGUGGCGUAGUUCACAUCGACGGCAUCAUCAAUGGGUGCGGCAUCCUGCGAGUUCCGAGCGACACGACCGUCCAGGGCGUCGACGCGGGCUCUGGUCUCACUGGCGGCGGUUUCCGGCUGUACAAUGUCGAUAAUGUCAUCCUCCGCAAUCUGCAGCUCAGCCAGGCCCCUGAGGGCGGCGACCUGAUCGAUAUCGAGACGUCGACGAACGUCUGGGUUGACCACUGCGACCUGUUCAACGACGGCAUCGUCGGCGACAAGGAUCAUUAUGAUGGUCUGCUUGAUAUCAAGCGUGCUUCCGACUGGAUCACCGUCUCCUGGACCAAGUUCCACGACCACUGGAAGGGCACUCUCAUCGGCCACUCCGGCAGCAACGGAGGCCAGGACGCCGGCACGAUGCACGUCACAUACCACCACAACAGCUUCAUCAACGUCAACUCGCGGCUCCCCUCGAUCCGGUUCGGCACGGGCCACAUCUACAGCUCGUGCUACCUCAACAACCCGACGUCGGGCAUCAACACGCGCGAGAACGCCCAGGUGCUCGUCGAGUCCAACUACUUCGAGAACACCCGGCGCGCCAUCGUCACUGACCUCGAUGCCAACGAUCAGGGUUAUGCCGUCGAGCGGGAUAACAUUUUCGUGGACUCCGAUAUUGAUAUCACCCAGGUGGGCAGCCUUAACGACGUGCCUUACUCGUACACCGUUGACCCGGCCGACUGUGUUUGCGGAGCCAUUGAGGCCAAUGGUGGCACUGGCGUCGUUGCUUAAGGGGUGUUGUGGAAGGGGACGUAACUUUUUGCUUUUCUUUUCUUCUUCUGUUUUGCCACGCCACUUCGGGUCUCCGUCUCUUGGAAGUAGUCCGGGGGAUAUGGCGGAUCGUAUCUUCUUGCACAUAUAUUGAUGGAUGAAAGGAUGCGGCAGUGGCCUCGUCGUUCUUAUUGUCGAAUGACAUGUAUUGUUUGAUCUUGACCAUAAGCUUUACGCUUUCCCUCUCUCCCAUAGAUUUGUUUCCCUCG